UGAUGUCGGCGCUCUAUUCUCCACUCCCAUUGGUGGACAGACGCCUGUCAAACACAGGCUGCACGUCUCGUUCUCAACAGUUGGACAACACAGCCUCAGCGAACAGGGCUCCCACCGUGUCAGAAGGGGAAGCGCGGUGAGAGGUGCGCAGAGGAACCUCAGCUGCUCUUUAGUGUGUCCUCUCCACACAUUUCCUCUCCUCGGGAUAAGGGACGGUCAUCGGGACUCGCUGCAGACAGCAUGCAGCACAGAUCUUCAGAGAAUACUGGCUUAAACUGUCAGAGAAACGAUGAGGAAGCUGUGCUGGACAGGGGUGGGACUCGGUCCAUGCUCAACACAAAUUUCGAGAAAGAGGAGCUAGAAGGCCACCGAACCCUCUACAUUGGGGUGCAUGUACCACUGGGUCGGAGAUCACACAGACGGCAUCGCCACCAUGGACAUCGCCACAGGAAGAGGUCACGGGAGAGAGAUUCUGGAACCGAGGAUGGCAGAGAAUCACCUUCAUAUAGUAAGUCUACAAGGAUAAAUGAAAACUUGAUUGAGUCAAAAGGGACAGAGAUAAAUAAUAAAAUGUCUUUUUUUUCUGUAGCAGACACACCGUCUCAGCGUGUACAGUUCCUGCUGGGAAUGGAGGAUGAUGAGGAACACAUUCCUCACGCUCUCUUCACAGAGCUGGACGAAAUCUGCCUGAAAGAGGGAGAGGAUGCGGAAUGGAAAGAGACUGCGAGAUGGCUGAAGUUUGAGGAGGAUGUAGAGGAUGGAGGGGAGAGGUGGAGUAAGCCGUACGUGGCUACUCUUUCCCUUCACAGUCUGUUUGAGCUGCGGAGCUGCAUCCUCAACGGCACCGUCAUGCUGGACAUGAGGGCCAACUCACUGGAGGAGAUCGCAGAUUUGGUUUUGGACCAGCACGAGACGUCAGUUUCUUUGGGAGAGGAGGUGAGGAAGAAGAUCCGAAAUGCUCUCCUUAAACAGCACCACCAUCAGAACCAGAAGAAACUGGCUAACCGGAUCCCCAUCGUACGCUCUUUCGCAGAUAUUAGCAGGAAGCAGUCUGAACCGCACUCCAUGGAUAAGAAUGGUCAGAUGGUGUCUCCUCAGGCUCAGCCCACCACUACAGAAGGACGUGCGGAUGGCAGUCGAGAGAACAGUUCUGUUGACUUCAGCAAAAUAGACCUCCAUUUCAUGAAGAAGAUCCCACCCGGAGCUGAGGCAUCCAACAUCUUGGUGGGUGAACUGGAGUUUCUAGAGAAACCUGUGGUGGCCUUCAUCCGUCUGUCCCCUGCUGUGCUGCUCAAUGGCCUAGCAGAGGUCCCAAUCACCACCAGGUUUCUCUUUAUUCUGCUGGGGCCAAUGGGGAAAGGGCCUCAGUACCAUGAGAUCGGCCGCUCUAUUGCCACGCUCAUGACAGAUGAGGUUUUCCAUGAUGUAGCUUAUAAAGCAAAGGAUCGUUCUGACCUUGUGGCAGGAAUCGAUGAGUUUUUGGAUCAGGUGACUGUGCUUCCCCCAGGCGAGUGGGAUCCUACCAUCAGAAUAGAGCCGCCCAAAAACGUGCCCUCACAGGAGAAACGGAAGGUUCCUCUGGCCAAUGGAGGGGCUGAUCUGGGGGAGGCUGAGGAGCAUGGAGGCCAUGGAGGACCAGAGCUACAGCGCACAGGGAAGUUUUUUGGCGGUUUUAUUCUGGACAUCAAGCGUAAGGCUCCUCACUACCUGUCAGAUUACACAGAUGCCAUCAGUUUGCAGUGUCUCGCCUCCUUCCUUUUCCUGUACUGCGCCUGCAUGUCUCCUGUUAUCACCUUUGGAGGUCUGCUGGGAGAAGCUACAGAAGGACGCAUAAGUGCAAUAGAGUCUCUGUUUGGAGCCUCUAUGACGGGUAUAGCUUAUUCUUUGUUUGCUGGGCAGCCCCUCACUAUCUUGGGCAGCACGGGACCUGUCUUGGUCUUUGAGAAAAUCCUCUUCAAAUUCUGCAAAGAGUAUGGUUUGUCCUACCUCUCCUUACGUGUGUGUAUUGGUCUGUGGACGGCCUUUUUGUGUCUUUUGCUGGUUGCCACAGAUGCCAGCUCACUGGUGUGUUACAUCACACGAUUCACAGAGGAAGCCUUCGCUUCCCUCAUCUGCAUCAUUUUCAUCUACGAGGCUCUGGAGAAACUCAUUCAUCUGGGAGAGACGUACCCUUUCAACAUGCACAAUGACCUCAACAAGCUCACUCAGUACUCGUGUGUGUGCACAGUACCUAAAGAGCCCAGCAAUGCCACACUGAAUUACUGGCAGGAAAAAAACAUCACUGCAUCUGAUAUUGACUGGCUAGGCCUGGAUGUUAAGGGCUGUGUGGAGAACAGGGGUGAGUUUGUGGGCAGAGCCUGUGGUCAUCACGGUCCAUACAUCCCUGAUGUACUCUUCUGGUCUGUCAUUCUCUUCUUCUCCACGGUUGCCAUGUCCUCCUUCCUUAAAGAGUUCAAAACUAGCCGUUACUUCCCAACCAAGGUGAGGGCCAUUAUCAGUGAUUUUGCUGUUUUCAUCACCAUCAUGUCUAUGGUUCUGAUCGACUACACUCUGGGGAUCCCGUCCACCAAACUACAGGUUCCUAAUGAGUUUAAACCAACUAGAGAUGACCGUGGCUGGUUCAUCAGCCCAAUAGGACCAAACCCAUGGUGGACCACUAUUGUGACCGUCAUCCCAGCUCUGCUGUGUACCAUCCUAAUCUUCAUGGACCAACAAAUCACUGCCGUUAUUAUAAACAGGAAGGAACACAAGCUGAAGAAAGGCUGUGGGUAUCAUUUGGACCUGUUUGUGGUGGGUGUGAUGCUGGGCAUUUGCUCUUUGAUGGGCCUGCCGUGGUUCGUGGCCGCGACGGUGCUAUCAAUCUCCCACGUGAACAGCCUGAAGCUGGAGUCUGAAUGCUCCGCGCCUGGAGAACAGCCCAAGUUUUUGGGCAUUAGAGAGCAGCGCUUCACUGGCCUCAUGAUAUUCGUCCUCAUGGGCAGCUCAGUGUUUAUGACCUCCAUACUGAAGCAUAUCCCAAUGCCUGUGUUAUAUGGCGUUUUCCUCUAUAUGGGAGCAUCAUCUCUCAGGGGCAUACAGUUCUUUGAUCGUCUGAAGUUGUUUGGGAUGCCAGCAAAACACCAGCCUGAUUUUAUCUACCUGAGACACGUCCCGUUGAGAAAGGUUCACCUGUUCACCAUUAUCCAGCUCAGCUGCUUGGUGCUUCUCUGGGUCAUCAAAACUUCCAGAGCUGCCAUAGUCUUUCCUAUGAUGGUCUUAGCCCUUGUGUUCAUUCGUAAGCUGUUGGACUUUGUCUUCUCUAAGCGAGAUCUCAGCUGGCUUGAUGACCUAAUGCCCGAGAGCAAGAAGAAAAAAAUGGAAGAUGCACAGCAAGAGGAAAAUCAGUGUGUCUUGAUGGAGGAUGAAGGAAUUGUACAAGUGCCCUUAGAGGGGCAUUUUAAGGACGAUCCAUCCAUAGUCAACAUUUCGGAUGAAAUGACAAAGUCAUCUUUUGGAAAUAUCUGGAAAGGACUCAACACUGACAGCACCAGCAAAGAUCAAAGCUCCAAAAGCUCAACAGUUGAAGUUGCCAUUGGACAGAAAAGAGGCGAUGAAGAGGAGGCGGCAGAUUUGGAUAGAGAGACGAGUUUGUGAGUUCACGUAUUUCGAAACACUCUGUAUCAUGCCACACUGCAAGCACCACUAAAUGCUUCUGUUCUGUAGGUCAGUGUGUGCCAGUCUGUGCUAAGGCACCUUGUUAUAUUUACAUGUUUUUAUGUGUGUGUGUGUGUGUGUGUGUGUAUGGAGAUGUUUGUUUUCAAACAUUUGAAUAUGUGUUUGAAUUUGCCGCCCACAAGGAGGAUUGUUGGGUUGUGUGUUUUUCCAGUCCAACUGUACUCAAAUUGUAGUUCCACCUAUAGAAGUUAAAAAAAAAUGUAAGGUUACUUUUGUUUUCCACUGAGUAGAGUGUUUUUUGUAUGUUUUAUAUUUUUUGAAAGUAGAUCCUAUUGAAAUUCCUUGUCUAAAUAUGUUUAUUAUAUAAAAUCCAUUCUUUUUUAUUAUGCAUACAUGAUAAAUAUUAAUUUGCUGGCAUAGUUAAAAUAUCAUAAUAGUAAGAAGCAAUUUCUGACAGAAGAUGCAAAUGUAGUUCUAUUAGCUUUUUCCGUGUCUGUGCGUUGAAGUAUUCUCUGCAUCACUUCAUAUUAAGAUACUUGAUGUUAACAUUUACUACUUACCAACAGUGACCAAUAUUUUUAAAAGUACUUUUAUGAACAGUUUUCUCAUUUUGUGAAUCUUAUGAUAGGAUUUCCCUAAAAUCGCAAACAUAUGAGCCAGGACUGUGCUCGUUUUACAAAAUUUUCUCCUGAACAUCUUGAUAUAAAUCACAUCCAUAUUCCGAAAUUCAUGUGUUGAUUUGGACUGUUUUUUUUUCUUCUUUUUGAAAAUGAUAUUACAAAGCAUUAUCUCAUUUUGUGUAGCACUUAAACAUGCAAAUAAUAGUAAACAUAUAUUUUGUUAAAACGUUGCAAAUAAUAUAACUGUAUAGUGUGUUUUCACAAUGUUUCUGAGUGGAAGGGCAUCUGUCUCCUCUACAAGACUCAUUUUCAAGCCAAGAGGAGACCUCAUCGCUCGAAUGAACGAAUUACACUAGUACUGCCGAUAAUACAAAAAUCAUACAAGAAAUGCAAUAAUAUUCCUUUUCAUAAGAGGGACAUUUUACCAUGCACUAACCAGAGACAAAUCUACCAUUUAUCAUUAACACAUGUAUUUUGUCUGUGUAUAAUCCUAAAUAACAAAGUUAUUUAAUAUGUGGAUAGAUUUAAAUAUGUAGAGACUGGGGAGAAAUUUAUGUUUUCAUGUUACUGUCAGUGUUAUUACAGUGUUUUGCCAUUUUCCAGGUUGGUUGAUUAAACUACGACACGCACAUCUAUGUCAUAAGUUCUGUUGAUUUCACUGUAAAAUAAGCAUUACUUCCUGAAAACAGUCUCUGUGGUUUAUGAAAUUAUUUAUUCCAAUGUGUCAUUACAACUGUGAGCAAUUUUCAUCACAAUAAAUGUGACCAAAAAAAUAAAUAAACUAAUGCCGAACUGUG